UGAUCAGCCCAAACUCAAAAAUGUCUCCCACAUACUUGCUAGUGUUGUUCCUUGGACUGGUGGUUCUCACCACCCCAUCUCUUGCUGAUUACCCCAAGCCCCCUCCAACCAAGAAGCCACCACCGGAGCACAAGCCUCCGGUGGAGAAGCCACCUCCAGAACACAAGUCACCUACUAAACCUCCCAAGGGAGAGAAGCCACUCCCAGAACACAAGCCACCAACCCCAAUUGCUAAACCUCCCAUGGGAGAGAAACCACUUCCUGAACACAAGCCACCAACCCCAGUUGGCAAGCCACCUAAGGGAGAGAAGCCACCACAUUAUGAUCACAACCCUGGCCACCCUCCUGUCGAGAGUAAAGAAGACUCAUACAAGCCGCCUCAUAAGAUUGAGCCUCCUUCAGCUCCGAUGAAAAAGCCAGAAGCUCCUGGAAAGAAGCCAUCAACUCCGCCCCACAAGCCACCGCACAAACCUCCAUCUCCCACCCAUCCCAACUAAUUGACUUUGGUUAGCAUAAGUAGUAUGUAAAAUAAGAGCUGCUGUGCAAUGGUCUUAUCCUUUUCUACGAGUUAAUUGUGUCCAUGUGUCAGUCACUACUACAUCUUGUUGGGAGAUGUCUAUGUGAGUCACUCGUUUUGGUAUUUGUACCUUGCUUGUAGGCGACGAUCACUAUGACGCUGUUUAUUCUAUUAUAUAGAGAAUAUUGAGAGUUAUCGAUACUA